GUGAUUGCCAAUGAGAUAGAUAGGCUUGAAAUUGAAAGAAAGUUAAACAAAUCAAUGGUGGGAACUCUUAAGAAAUUCUCAAGCUGUGAGGUCAGUAAUAGUGUUAAGUUUGUUUGUAGUUAUGGAGGAAAGAUUCUCCCUCGUCAUCCUGAUGGAAAACUUCGUUAUAGUGGUGGAGAAACUCGUCUUCUAUCGCUCGACCGCGCUUCCAUUUCUUAUUCAGAAUUAAUGGUGAAGCUGUGUGAAGUAUGUGGAUACUCAUCAGUGAGUUUGAGGUGUCAGUUACCUGGUGAAGAUCUUGAUGCCUUGGUAUCCAUUAAAUCCCAUGAAGAUCUUAUUAAUAUCAUGGAGGAAUAUGAUUUAGCAGAGAAGAAAUCAUCUACUCCAUUAAAAAUAAAGGCAUUUCUAUUUCCGUCAAAAUUAAUUAAAAAGAUGGUCUCUCCACCAGUUUCAGUUUCUUCUUCUUCUUCUGUAGUUGCUGGAAAAUACUCACCACCAUCAUCAGCAACGUCAUCUCCAGUUAGCAAUCAAUCUGUUGUUAAUCCUCAUUAUCAACAUCUUCUUCAUAAUAACAAGAUCUCUUCAUCAUCAGUACCAAUGAGAUUUCCAAAUUUUCAUCCACAAGUAGUACCACAUGGUUACAAUUAUUACCCUCGCUGUAUUCCUCCACAUCAAGGAAGUCCUAGACAAGUCUAUCUUGUUCAUAAUGGAAAUCAUUGGCAAUAUUAACAAAUUUCCUAAUCUUUCUCGAAUUUGAAAGAUUGAUAAUGAGUGGAAAUGAGUAAAAUAGAAAAAAAUAAUUAUUUGUUUGUUGUAAUGAUAUUUCUCCAAAAUAUAUAAUUUUGGUUUUUUUUUUUUUUUUUUUUGCUUGUAAAUUUGGGAUUAAGAUAGACUUGUCUAGAACAGGAGAGAAAGAAAAUGAAAAUAGUAAAAAGAUAGGAAUCUCCCCAAUAAACUAUACAUUAGCAACUAUACAACACUAAAAGAAAGAAAAUCAAAAUCUCUUGCAAUUGUUGAA